CAACGCUUUAAUUACGUUUUUGUCCUUGACAUUGAGACCACGGCAUCGAAUUGAAGAUCGAAGACGAGCGACUGCAGCGCGUUUUGCUAGCGUUUUAAAACGCCCAGUGAUUAGUGAAUGUGUUUUCCGUAGAAAAGUUGAAAUUUUUAUUUUACCAAAAGCGACAUGCGGUUCUAUAUAACGAGCCAUUUGCCGCCGGCCAUCCUGCUCGCUUUGAUCUACCUGUGGGCACGCCCACCGCCCAUAAAUGCGGCCAGGGGCGGGGCACCUGUCGUGGUUGCCGACGAUGAUGAUGAAACCAUGGAGUACGCCCCGCAAUAUGAGCAUCCGGGGUAUGCCUUCAGCUAUGGGGUCAAGGAUCUGCAUACGGGCGAUGUGAAAUCGCAGUGGGAGUCCCGCGAUGGCGACGGGGUCAAGGGUCACUACAGCAUUUUGGAACCAGAUGGCUCCAUACGAACGGUUCACUACACAGCCGAUGCCAAGAAGGGUUUCAAUGCGAUUGUCAAGACGGUGGGUGCCAAUUCGCAUCCCAUCACAGAGAAUCCGGAGAGCAGUAACCACGUAAACGACGACACCUCCCAGUCGAAGAUUAAUCAUUACAGCAAGGAUCAGGAGCACAUUGUCCUCAGUUCGGACAUUAAACCCUUGAAGAGACCCAUCGAGGAUCUCACACACUCGCAUCCCAAGAUUCCCAGCCUAAUUGAGAUCAAGCCACAUGCGAGGAUAAAGCAAGUGCCCAUGGAUAUGGAUCCGGGGAUAAGGGAUCGUUUGCAACAGGCCAGGGAUACGUACUAUAAGCAAAUAGCCGCUGCUCACAAAUUGGAGGACUACUCGCAGAAGCUACAGCCCACCUAUGCCGUCCAAGAGAGCGAUUGGAAGGCGGUGAUUGUGAACGAGCCGAAGGAGUAUCGACCUCACUAUACCACAGGAUCACCAGCACACUCCCACCAUCCUUACUACGAGCACUACAAGCCCAAGGAGGUGCCCCACAACUACAUACACAAGCCGUCGAUUCAACAGCAAUCGCUGCAUACGAGUUUCUCGCCCUCGAAGCCCAGAGUCAGCAUCCCCGACAGCAUCUCUAACCACAUACAACAGAAGAAGGUGGUCCACACCACGCCCGGUCUGAAGCACUACAAGUACAAGGGCGUAUCCAAGUCCUAUUCCCGACCCGACUACUCCAGCUACUUCAACCGCAAGCCCAAGAAGCUGCGUCCCCUGCAUCCCAAGCAGAAGCCACGUGCCCAGUGGCCCGACAAAUCCGGUCCAGUUCUCUUUCCCAAAACUUUGGACGACGAUUUCGAGGACUACGUGGAGGAUGAACAGGGGGCGGCGUCGGCCACUCUGGUCCAGAAUAUGGUGCGCAAGGACAAGAAGCACAUGGUUCCCAUGUACGCUGGUGCACACAGCUUCGAUUCAGGCAGCUAUCGCAACUUGGAGGGUGUCUAGAAAUAAGUAUAGUAUACAGAGAAAACCAGCUAAGGUUUCAGGUCCUAAAACGGGGGAGAAACCUGUUAAAAAGUACAAUUUAUUUAUAUUUAUUUAGAGUUUCUAAAAUAUUUUGUUCGACUUUUUAAAAUGUUUUUACCCUUUUUUUGGCACCUAAAACGUUGAAUUUAGUUUUCUCUGUGUAGUGUUUCCUUUCUUUAUUUAUU